AUGCGUGCCGGGCGCUCGAGCGCGGCCACCGCCUCCCCCGACGGGACUGCCUGCUCCGGGCGCCCGCUCGUUGGAGGUCGUGGGGUGCGCAGGGCGCCCUCGCGCCGCGCCGUUGCCGCAGCUGUCCGGAAGCUGCGGCUCAGGAGCCCCGCGCAGGGCACUGGUGAACUCGCGGAACAGCGAAGGGGGCGGAGCGGGGCGGGGACGCUGCUACGGCGACGGCGGCGGCGCGCGGGCUCCUCCUCGCAGGUGCGGCGGCUGCGGGCGAGGCCCGCGAUUGGUGGAUCCGGGACCGGUAAGGGGCCGGGCCUGACGGAGCCGCGGCUGCGCGGGCCAGGGGCCGAGGUCUGCGGGUCACUUGGGCCUGCAGCCGUGGAGGCAAGCAGGGGCUUGGGCCUCGGUAGGGCUCCACGCAGUGAGGGGUUUCGCGAGGUCGGGCCUGUGGAUGUGCGUCGAGAGGGCAGAGUGACGAGGAGAAUGGAAAAGUCACUAACCCGAGCCGGCGGGGCGGCGCAGGGGAAAUCCCCGCGUACCGCGCGGCCUCCGCGACCCGAGCGCUACGGUGUCGCCCGAGUCCGCCUGCUCCCGCUUCCCCCAGAGGACUUACGGGAGAGGCUGAACUCCUCGUACCUGGGAACCCACCUUUACUCAUUUCCUCGUGCUGCCAGAGCGCAUUCUCGCUCUCGACCCAGCAUCACAAUGGCCUGGAGAAACUUGCCAAACCGCAGGUUGCUGGGCCCCACCUCCAAAGGUGCUGAUUAUGAAAGUCCGGCUUCCUAAAUGAAGUCAGCUUCCCCUUUUUAAGAUCAAACCAGUACUUUGAACUUGAAUUAACUAUUGAUAAGCCCUAAAUUCUUACAUUAAAAAAGGAGAAAGCUCAGAUCAAGAGACCUAAGAAGACACCUGGAGGAACUAAAAAAAAAAGAACAGCAAGAUGAAUCCAAAGUGAGAAGGAAGGAAAUAACAAAGAUCAGAGCAGAGGUAAAUGAAAUAGAGUACAAACCCCAACAAAAAUAGAAUCACCAAAACCAAAAGUUGAUUCUCUGAAAAGAUCAGUGAAAUCAACAAAUCUUUAGCUUGACUUACAAAGGAAAAAAGUAAGAGGAUACAAAUGACUAAAA